UAUAAGGAAAAGGCUUAAUGUGAAAAGACCUCGCGUAACUUAAAAAAGACAAUAAUAAAUAAAUGGAAUAUAAGGUGUUCAUAUAUUAGUUUUUUAAAAAUUAUUAUUUGGAGACACUCUUCUGACUACAGGAACCUCUAUGUAAGAACCUCUUUGGGCUUGUGCCAAGCUCCAGUCGGUACCCCAAUCGACGUCCAUCCAAUCGCCAUCCUCAGUUAUUGUUCGAUUGCAUUGGAGGUGGCUAAUGUAACCGACAGCCGUUGGAAACUAGCGUGUUGGAUAAGCAGUUUUUUAGUCGGCAGAAGGGACGAAAGUUGUUGCAUUAGCCUACAUAAGGAUUUAAGAAGUUUGUGCGUUCAUAUGUAGGGCCUGUGACUCUGGCAGACUCUCCACAUGUAGAGAAUGCAGCUUCCUUUACGGAUUCUCUGUUAACUUGCUGGCUUCCUGCUGCGAUGGCAAAGAGCAAAUGUGCCAAGAACAGUUAUUAUGAUGGCCUGCUGGAAAAGUGUAAACCCUGCUAUCUGCGCUGCUCGAGCUCCCCUCCUAUCAGCUGCACAGAAUACUGUACCAAACCGUCAGACAGCCCUGUGCCUGAGAACAACAAUGUAUGGGUCAUCGUGCUGGUCUUUUUGUUGCUGAAUGCUUUUACAACAAUGAUACUUAUUGUUCAGGUUUUGCGUAAAAAGAAAUGCAGACAAGUCUCUCUGAAAACAGGGUUUAAUCAAGAUCAAGUGGAAGAUUUCAGUGGGAAAGUUUUGGAUGCUGAGAAGCAGAUUGAAAUAAAAAAUGAUGGGUGUGUGACCACUGGAUAUUCGGUGCAGAAGGAAAAGAAAAAUGACUCUAACUACAACUCAAGUCUUCCUCUUCCGUCAACCGAAGAGGGCACUACCAUACUGGUGACCACAAAAACGACACAGGCCUACAGCAUAGAGGAGAAGGCUUUAGGGCAAACUGAUACGUCCAGUGGAAAUGGAUCAUGGAGGAGAUGCAUUUUGUAUAGCUAAGUUGAUCUGACUGUUAUUCAUUUUCCUCAUCACAUAAGAAUUACAAGAAAAAUCUAAUCAAAUCAUGCAAAGAACAACUGUGCUGGUCCACGACAACAGAACAAUAAUUCACAUUUUAAAAAGACUGACUAGAAGAAUGUUGUAUACCAUAUGUUUCUUUAUUAUAUGUAUCUUGGAACUAGCAAUAAUAUUAAUGUUAGCAAAGUUCUCAUUUUAAUUUCUUAUGCCAUAUAGUACUCCGUAAUUUUUUUUUAACACAGACAACAACAGAAUAACACAAACAAUAUGAAUUAUGAAUUUGAGAAAACAUAUUUCAAUGACAUAAUAUUGUUAGAACAUUUGCUCGUUGCACAUAGACUUACUUAGAUUCAGGCAUAUUGUAAGUGAGACUGUAAACAAUCAAAGUAAUGCUUAAUUAAUAAGUAGCGUGAAUAAGUCCUUGAUCAGUACGCACGAAGGAAUCCUCAACUUGGCCAUCACGUGCAGGGACGGUGUGCAGCGCUCUAGGCACUGCCCCCGGCCCUCACGUGAUCGAUCCCGCGUGUCACGUGGCGUACGACUUGUCAUAUGACUUCCCUAGCAUAGAAGCUGCUAUGUUUUGUUGAGCUUCAGCCAAUGGCCAAAUGUCUUGUACCCUUUAACUUUUGUCUUUAACAUUUAUCCCGAGCGCCUGAUGCUCCGAAGCACCAGUCCUUCGUGUUUACGUGUGUGUGUGUUGGCUUCACGAUUUUAUCCCGUCUAAUCUGAAACAGAUGCUUUCUGUUGCCAGCAAAGGCCGUAACUAACUGUCAGUAGAUGUAACUUUGUGAUGUUCUGCUCAGGGGAGAAUA